AUGGGCAAAAAGAAGAAGAAAACUUUGUUUUGUAAAUUUCGGACGUUUUUGAAUGGAUAUAAACUUCCAGCUGGAAAUCCUUUCAGACUCAGCACAGCUUUCAACUUCAUACAAAACAACAACAAAACGCUUCGAAAUCUUAUCGUUGCGAUAUCGACUUACCAACUUCAACAACUUCUUAACGCCAAAGCAUUCCAUUGCCCGGAUAAGAAUUACCAACAAUAUGGCUUCACUUUCUUAUUUGCUCCUGUUCUUGUAUUGUUCUGUUUAAACUUGCUAGUAGUUGGUGAAAUCUGGAAUUUUACGUCGAGAAUGUUUGUGAAGCGGUACAUAAGACGAGGAGAUAUUGUUGCACGGGUUUUGCCAAGUUUACUCAAGGCUUGUGUUGGGCCAGCAGUUUGGCUGAUAGUUGCAUUUCGGGAAGAAGAUUAUUAUAUCUGCGCCAAACUUGGGCCAUUUACACCAAUACACAACCAAACAGUUUUAACUGACCAACAAAUAUUCGAGAGAAAAAGAAAGAUCGAGCACUGCAAAAGUGAAGCGCAAGUUCUGGCAUGGAUAAUAUUUGGAGGUCUUGUUACUUUAGGAACGGCAUUAGUAGUGUGGAAGAACUGCUACUUUAAGGAUAAUCUUCUGAUGGAAAGUAAGUGAUGGAUGGCAGUUAAGAUAACUUUUUGUAACCAAAGCGAUCACCGUUUAAGUAGUCGAGCCUUCUCUAGGAGUUGUCGAGAAAGCGUGCAAGUUGUGAGGUCAAACGAGUGACGCAGUCUGAAUUGGCAAAACCUGAAUUGGUAAAACAGGCUUUUAUUGUCAUUAUAAUUAUAAAAACUUUACAAUAUUGAAAGAGAUAUCCUAAAUGAAAUACGCGGUCUUCUAAAAAACUAUAACCAGCUAAUAAAAAUACUAUCUGCUAAAACUACUACAAAAAGACCCUGAAAAAGGAAGGCCGUGCUUUCCGAAAUAUUGGUAAAAAUAUAUAUAUAAUCCCGACUGUAAAAUCAGCCUUGCUUCUUUUGUUUUAUAUUUUCACUUAUUACUGAUGAGAUCCUUUAUUAGGAUCCGAUGCUUCUUUUCAGUAAGCUGGUCCUUGCUUCAAAAACUGAAAAAGAAAAUACAGCGGCACUGGUCGCGAUGGUCAUUGUCAGAGUUUUUCUUCUCUUCCUUGUUGGACUGAAAAUAUAUAGCCUGGAAUUAAGGAAGCGUUUCUUUAGGAAAAUCAAAAUCCAGAUCUAAAACCACGCUUUGCGUUUCUUUGAUCUCAUCCAAAAAUUGGAUUUUGAAUCCUAAUCUGGAUUUCUAGGAUUCGAUCCAUGCGGUUCUUUAGACAGGUCAGAACAAAAUAGAUUGUGUGGGAAAGCGGUUUCACCGAUGAGGCUCGCCACACUUAAGGAUCUCAUUUUCGUAUUUUCGGUUUUCGAUUUCUUAGCCCGUAACGCAAAACCAAAGAAUCUAUUGUUGGAUCCUGGCAAAGAAGUAUACCACUGAGAUCAGAGUUGUUGUUACAGGGUAAACUGAAAAGAAGUAGUUACCACAAUCGUCAUUUAAAAGUAGAACACAAUAAGAAGGUUAUGGACCUCACUCAUCUUAUCAUUAACCAUCUUGUUCAGAUCAUUACAGUUUUGAAAGAAGAGAGGCCUUAAGCGCUAAGAUAGCAUUCAUAAAACACAUUGGGGGAAAAUUAUGCGAAGACGCUGAUAUCGACGACGAUCCGAUGACAGCUGAAUAUGGUACCGAACAAGAUAGAGUUACAUUGUACCAUAAUGGGGUUCCAGAAAUGAUAGGAAGGAAGACAGUAGAAAAGCUAUUCCAGGGUGAGUUUAUAGUAAGGUUUUUGUAUCCUAGCUGGUAGCAGUAGGCUGUGCUAGUAUUUAUGGAGAUAUGAUGAGAAUACGAGAUAACUGUUUCUUUUUAACGGGUUUAACAGUGAACAAAUCCUAGCCUGCAGUGCAGGCGUAUUUUGAACGGGCGAAAUCUUGUCAAUGUUCGUAUUAUUGUACUACGCGUGUUUGCUGCGCUUACCAAUAAGACUUGAGCAAUUGCCUCUAUUUAUCAAUCGCCGAAAAUCACCGACUCUAAUUUCACUUUUUCUUCAGGUUACAACGGAAAAAACUGGGCAGUCGGUGAUAAAUGGCACUAUAUCAAAGCUUACAAGGCUUUUAAGGAGAUGUACCCUCGUAUUUCUACUGGAAGUCCUCUGGAUCCAUGGCGCGUAGUACGGGGAGAUAUUGACGGCACCCAGAAAACCUACCGGUUUUUUUUUGCCUCCAACUGUUGCCGGAAUUCAAACGCCGCUGACCGCGAACUUGAGCCUCUGUAUGCUGAAUUGGAACUUGGUGAUCCGCAGGUCCAGCAACAAGUAGGUUCAAGCUUCAGUCAGUUUGAUCCUAUUAUAAUAAUUUUACUAGGGCUAAAAUACGGUAUCGCUUAUCGCUGUGUUGGUGGCGUACGUCUGAAGAAUGUGAUCGAUUGAGAGAAAUUUUUUUCCCUCCUGAAAUAUCCGCAGUUACUUGACAAAUCUACUAUCAGGGUCUUUAUGGUUUCAAAUCCCGAAAAUCAGCGACCAAUCCCUGCGUGUUAAUUCCCUGAGGUCUGCAAAUAGCCAAAGAAUCUAUUAAGCUCUAUUAAAACCAGAAGAUUCGCACAGUCUUUCAACUAGUUUUUCAAUCGAUUAGCAACAAGAUCCAGAAGAAGCAGCUUAAAGUGCAACAGAUAAAGCCACCCAUUGAAAAUCAGCAGGAUGUAGCUCAUCUGAUUUCAAUGCGCGAUGCAAGUGUUUCGUGUUUUCCCUGAAGCACCGCCGGGCUACACUAGCGCGCAGAUGUUGAGCACAAGUCAUUUCUUCUAUUACCAGCGCUAUAGUAUUCGGAUGAAUGCACGUGAGAAUGUAUGAACUGCAGAACAAUAUUUCAACAGAGAAAGACUCUCUGUAGUUAUGUACACAACCCAACCUAAGCAGUUGUGAUUUUUAGAGUUAGUGAACGGUAUUAGAACGCAUCAGUGAACCGGUAAUACCACAGUUGAAAUAUAUGAGAUUAUAAUAUAGUUUCAUAUAUUUACAAGUAUAUUACGAAUCCCACAACGAAACUAGCUCUCAGCUGUCUCUAUAACUCGUUUGGUAAGCCGAGCACUGCUUCAGUAUUUCAGGACUUUUAGGAGGUCCAAUUCUUCAAGCCAGGCCUUAAAAACACAACUAGCUUAAGUUGUUUAUAUAUCUACAAGGAUUUUUCUCUGUUCAAAUUCAUCUAUUAAAGUUAUUCGUCCGUUUGUACCGUCUGCUGUUGAUGUAUCUGUUUCUCUGUGUUGAUCUGUGUACAUAAUUCGUAUUUUCCUUAUUGUUUUUACCAGGAAAACCAUAGAGAAAUGAAGCAACCACAAAAAACAAAGCGAGAGGCCGGGAGGAAAUGGGAAGGAGGAUUUGAGACAACGAAGAUUAGAGACGAGAAACAUUACAAAUACAACAACAACAACAAUAUUUAG